GCCGUUGGAGAUAUCUCUAGUAUUUGUAGUCCUUCUCAGUUGAUACCCUGGAUCCCUUUCAAAGGCUCCAGAAGAAACCUUUGGCCGGAGAAAACCCCAAAUCGUGGAGAAGAGAAGAGGGUUCAGACAAGUGCCAACUGCCAUUAGAGUUUGUUAAGGUAAAUUUGACGAGAAAGGCAACGACAUGGAGGAAAGGGACUGUCUAUAGGCUAAAUCCUUUCAAAGAGGCUCUCGAUUCGAAUAAGCUAGAUCAAGGAAUAUGACAAUCCAUUUAGGGAAAAGGAGGCACACAAUUUCAGCUGGCAAAAGGAGAUUUGUGAUGAUUAGAAUUUGCAGGGAAUGUAUUCUGACUUCUAAGGCAUGCUAAGCCACUUUUAGGACAUGUCCAUUGUUAAUUGAGAGAAAUACCAGUAAUAUUGGUUUGGUAAUGAGUGUUGGUAACUUCCAAAUGAACUUUUCUGCUGCUGGUGGAAUAUCAAGUGGGUUAGUAAUGCUUAUUCUAGUGGUGCUACUGUCCAUGCUAACUUAUCACUUAUCUGAAAAUAUUUGCACUGACAAGGCCCAUGUUACCCUUGACUAUUCUCUUUGAUUAUUUUAUGUUGUUUACCAAUUUCAGAUCAAGCUUGACAGAUGGGGACUAUGGAGAUAGCUCAUUUGCAAAAUGGCUGGUAUCAUCAAAUGGAUUUGUAAAUUUGACUUUAUUUAUUUGUUGUUUAGGAUGGGACUGAAGAUAAAUUGUCAAUACUUUCUUUCGGGGUAAGUGGGGUAUAUUUUCAUUUAUGAGUUUUCUGAUUUCUAAUGUGGGAAGAAAAUGGCUUGUAUAGCAAAAAUGGGUUAACCUCAAUCUCUGUUGCUUGGGAAUUAAAUCUAGCUUGAAGAAUGGUUUUGCAGUUGUCUAUAAAAAUGAAUACUUUAUUUUAUGCAAAAUUGUUACAUUAGUCUUAUAUCUUGUGUUGUUAGCCUAAGCUGCCCUUUGGUCAAGUUUUUUGCUUACAAGAAGUUUCACUUUCUUUUCAUAUGGACUCACAGAUUUGCCUCCUAUAUUUUAACCUCCCACUGGUGUUUGUGUUGAUUUUUAUUUGCACAAGGAGGGCUGUAGACUUUCUUUCUUAUCCUCCUGAUGAGUUGAUAGGAGUAUGUGUGUAAUUUUUGUUCUUUUAGUCUUCUCUUUUAGCAUGUCAAUAUUUGCAAUAUGGUUUGUAUGCUAUAACUCUUUACAGAGUAUUAUCUUGAUGGUACAUUUAGCUUCUUCUUGGUUAGGCAAUUUGGUGUUCAUUUAAGCUUGCUAGUGAGUUAUUUGGCUUGAUUAAAAUUUCCUUUUGACUAGUAUCGGGAUGAGAACUGUUUCCUGCUGCAUAGCCAUUAACUGGUGAGAUUUCUUUUUUCUAUCUAUGGCCUGUUGCUAUAUAUAUGACAUCUCUUUAUCUCAGGACAGUUGGGUCAUUUAGAUCUUUGAAUACUGGUGAUUGGGUUUUUUAUCAAGCUUUUUCUUUAUUUUAUCUCUUGUCAUUCAACAAUUGCUGCUGGAAAUGAAAACUUCUUUCUUUU